UAAAUCAGUGCGUGCCGGCUCCGUUAGUAUUCCGCGCAGAUCGAGGCGGAGGAGCGGACGGAGCGCGCUCCCUGCUCCUCUCCUCGCUCCUCGCCCUGCUCCCAUCUGCCCGCUGCUCACGGCUUCAACGGGGAAGGAGGCUCCCAUGCCUGCUCGGAUUUAGCCUCGGCUGCCGCAGCGGCGCUACGAUGGAGAAAACGGCGGCUGCGGCGUCGGCUUCAUCCUCAUCUCCAUCAUCAUCAUCGUCGGCAGCAGCAGCAGCAGCGUCGUCGUCGUCGAUGGCAGCAGCCACGACGGCCGCUGCGGCGGCAGCGGCGGCGGAGGCGAAGGCUCCGCAGGCGAACCUGGAGGAGGAGCUCAAGUGCCCGGUGUGCGGGGCGCUGUACCGCGAGCCCGUGAUCCUCCCGUGCGCGCACAGCGCCUGCCUGCCCUGCGCGCGCACCAUCCUCCAGCCGCGCAGCCCCGAGCUCGCCGAGGGCGGCCCGGGCGCGCACGGAGCAGCGGGGGCAGCGGGGGCAGCGGCGGCCGCGGCGGCGGCGGCCAAGAGCGACGGCUCGGACUGCGGGGACUACGUGGACCUGGACAAGCUGAGUCUGUACAGCGAGACUGACAGCGGCUACGGCUCGUUCGUGAGCAACCCGGCCACGCCGUGCGGCCAGAAACCCCCCAGCAACGGCGUGCGCGUGUUCCCCCCAGGCAGCCCGCGCAGCGCGGGGGGCAGCCUCACCUGCCCGCAGUGCCACCGCUCGCUGGUGUUGGGCGACAGGGGGCUGGCGGGAUGCCCCCGGAACGCCAUCCUCGAGGCGGUCGUGGAGCGAUACCGGAGGCAAGCGCGGGGCGCCGCGCCGCUGCUGCCCCCCGGCGUCGGCGCGGCUGGCACCGUGUGUCAGCUGUGCGAGGAGGGCAGCGCGCCCGCCGAGGCCACGGUCCAGUGCGAGCAGUGCGGGAUGCUCUACUGCGACGCGUGCCGCGCGCGGUGCCACCCGGCGCGGGGUCCGCUCGCCACGCACCGCCUCAUCGCCGUGGAGCGCGGUGCCGGCGGCACAGCUCCGGACAACUCCGGCAGCGCCCAGCAGCAGCAGCAGGUGGAGCAGUGGGCGCCCCGCAGGGCCACGUGCGUGGAGCACGAGACGGAGACGCCGUGCUCCUUCUGCGUGGCGUGCGGGGUGGCUGCGUGCCGCCUGUGCCUGGGAGAUGGCGGCAGGCACUCCCAGCACGACACCCGCGCCAUCGCGGGCACCUGCAAGCAGCAUAAGACGCAGAUGUCAGCCGCGCUCACCAGCCUCUCCAGCAAGGCCAAGGAGGCCAAAGAGCUCCUGGUGCAGCUCAAGAGUCUGAGCCACAAGAUCCAGGAGAGCGGCGUGGAGCUGGAGGCGAGUCUCGUGGCGCAGUGCGACGCCCUCGUGGAGGAGCUCAACCGGCGCAAGGCGCAGCUCCUCACCAAAGUGAGCGCCGAGAGGGAGCACAAGCUGAAGGUGGCGCGCGACCAGAUGAGUCACUGCAGCGUGAAGCUGCGGCAGACCACGGGGCUCAUGCAGUUCUGCCUCGAGGUGAUGAAGGAGAACGACCCCGCGGGCUUCGUGCAGGUGUCCGAGGCGCUGACCCGGCGGAUAGUGCAGAACAGCGAGCAGUGGAGCAGCAGCGCCCUGACACCACGUGUGGCGGGCAGCCUGGAGCUGGUGCUGGACAGCGAACCCCUCCUGCAGGCCAUCCACCAGCUGGACUUCACCGACAAGCAAGUUGUGUCCCCAGUGCCCGCGGCGCCCAUCCUGCAGCUGGAGGAGUGCCGCCUCGCGGGCUGCGUGGCCACGCUGGCGUGGAGGCCCCAGCCGCUCUCUCCCGUGCCGCUCGACGGCUACGUGCUGGAGCUCGACGACGGCAGCGGCGGCGACUUCAGGGAGAUCUACGUGGGGCGGGAGACGAUGUGCACCGUGGACGGCCUCUACUACAGCAGCGCGUACAAGGCGCGCGUCAAGGGGUUCAACAAGGCCGGCGUGAGCCCAUACAGCAAGACGGUGCUGCUGCACACCUCGGACGUGGCGUGGUUUCCCUUCGACGGGAAGAGCGCGCACGCCGACAUGGUGCUGUCCAACGACGGGCUGACGGCCACGUGCGGCACGUCGGACGACCGCGUGGUGCUGGGCGCGGCCGGGUUCACGCGCGGGGCGCACUACUGGGAGUUCACGCUCGACCGCUACGACGGGCGGCCCGACCCGGCCUUCGGCGUGGCCCGCGUCGAGGUGGCACGCGAGGCCAUGCUGGGCCGCGACGAUCGCGCCUGGGCCAUGUACGUGGACAACAACCGCAGCUGGUUCAUCCACAACAACUCGCACACCGGCAGGGCGGAGGGCGGCAUCGGGAAGGGCUCCACCGUGGGCGUGCUGCUCGACCUCAACAAGCGCACGCUCACGUUCUUCAUCAACGAGGAGCAGCAGGGAUCGGUCGCCUUCGAGGGCCUCGAGGGGACCUUCUACCCGGCGCUCAGCCUCAACCGCAACGUGCAGGUCACGCUGCACUCGGGGCUGGAGGUGCCGGAGUUUGUGAGCGAGGAGCGGCCAGGUGGUUCCUAGCGGGAUCACAAGGGGCCGCCGGGGUCUCCGGGGAUCUCCAGGGUCACCGGAGGUCGUCGGGGUCACCGGGGGGUCACGGCACCUCAUGCUUCAUCAGCUUUGAUUUGAAUGUAAUUAUCAUUGCGCUGUGCUGCGUUAAUUUCCGCUGCGGUUCCUUUGACGCGAUUUCAAGAGUCAACCUUGUUCAAAUCCUUGUUUUACCGCGCGCGAGAGACCUCCACCUAACCCCCCCCGCCCCCCCAAGUCUGACUGUCACUGCGACCUCCGUCAUCGUGAGCUUCAUCAUCCUGAUCACAAAGCCGCAGUGACCCUUGCGAUGAGGUGUAGCGUGGCUUGCGUGGGCCCUGGCGCAAGGAAGGAUAGGGGGCCACCACUUUGUCAGUCCAACUCCCCCCCCCCCCCCCCCCCCCACUUUACAUAGUCCUGGGCCCCUUCGGCCCGUGGGCCCCGAUGCAGUUGUACCUACUGCACACGUCCGAUAGCUGCACCGCUGAGGUGCAGCGAUUCCCCAGUAAGGCAGCAGCUUCUUGGCUGUUGUUUCAGCCUUCUUUGGUGCUGGGGUGCACUGUGAGAGCACACCUGCUCUUGGGGUGCACUUUGAGAAGGCACAUCACCCUGACCUCCCCCCACUGCCACCCCCGCUCCCCGCCCCAACAGAUGCCGUGGGUGAACCCAUCCCUCCCUCCCUCCCUCCUCCCCUCCGCCUCGCCUGCCAGGGAAACGCUUUCACUUAAUCGCGUGACAGGCGCCUGGAUUAGAGGCGCAGGCGAGGGAGGCUGCUGAUUGACGGGCAGAUAAGGGCAGCGCUUGCAGAGAAACGCGGCCGCGCAGAUAGGGACGGUUGUGCAAAUAGGGCAGCUGUGGAAAGUAAGGGCAGCUGUGCAGGCAGGGGCAGCGGUGCAAAUGGGACAGCUCAGACAGGUAGGAGCACCUGUGCAGAUUUGAGCUGGGUGGUAAACGGAGGGUGGAAAAUGCGGUUACGUGUAAAUGUGGUAACGGGAGUGAUGGGGUAACGGUGCGAGGUGGUGACGGAACGGUGACGUGGCACGGGUCUCUGUGGAGUUCGGGAGUUUGGGAGUGCGAGUUCGAGUCCGGGUCCCCGUCCCGUGAACCGGGGGAGAUCAAACGGUGCCGAUUCCCUGCCUUAACGAUCUGCAACGUCCGGCAGACGGUCGUCCAACUCAAUUUAUUUACCUUGCCUGCUGCCUGCGUUUGCUGAUAAUCCGCCCCCCCCCCACCCCACAAAAGGCGAAACCUGUCCAGAGUUUGCGUCUUUAAGCAAUUGCCGCGGAGAAAUACGAGCCUGAGAAGUCAUGAGAGCGACUGACAAGAAUAUAUAUUAUUUUUUACGUGCUGACAACAGAACGGAAGAUGCCAUUUAUCACGAAGUGGCGCAUCCCAAGCCGCGUGCGUCUGUGUGUCGUGUGCGCUCCAACAGGACAUUCGUGGGGAAAUGCGUGCACCUGUAAAUUUACAGAGAAACUCACUCACUCCCUCCUUCUCUCUCUCCACGUUGGUGCGUGCUCUCGCUCGGCGUGGGAGAGUGACAGCUGGCGCGGGUGGGCACCUGCCACUCGCGGUCACCUGCCACUCGCGGUCACCUGCCACUCGUGGUCACCUGCCACUCGUGGUCACCUGCCACACGCGGUCACCUGCCACACGCGGUCACCUGCCACUCGCGGUCACCUGCCACUCGCGGUCACCUGCCACACGCGGUCACCUGCCACACGCGGUCACCUGCCACUCGUGGUCACCUGCCACUCGCGGUCACC